GCAGUCAGUGAGCGGGUGUUGAUUGGUGGUUACUUCCCUGACCAACCGCCGCCGCCUGAAACUGAGCGGCGCAGCGACAGGGGACGGGCCGACACCAACAGCCUACGGCACGACAGGACGAAGUGUUAACAUGGACUGAGGAGCGCCGACUGUAAUAUAUUAAGACCUUUCUUUCAUUGCAAAUUAUUCCUGGAUUUUGGCCUGGAUUUCCAGGGAGCAGUUCUAUCCAGAGAACGGAAGCCUUGGACUGUGGAUUUUUUUUAAGGCAGUGAAAAAGAGAAGGUGGGGUCGCCAGGAGGAGGGCAGCGCCAAGCGUAGCCCAGCAGUCUGCUUUACCCGGCUGCUUCACUAUCAAUCAGUCUUCGUUUCGCUGGUGCUGGCUGGAAAAAAAUCUUUUUCUUUCAUUGUGUCUUGAAUUCUUUAACUGAUCUACACGGGAAACGUUUUGUUUUAAAGAUCAAUUUCCCCAUUAGAGGGAGUUUUUUUUUACUUUGAAUUCCCUCUCAAAAUUCUGAUUUUAAUUAUCGACUAUGGCCGACGACGACGUCCUGUUUGAAGAUGUAUAUGAGCUGUGUGAAGUGAUUGGCAAGGGACCAUUCAGUGUUGUGCGACGAUGUAUCAACAGAGAAACAGGGCAGCAGUUUGCUGUGAAGAUUGUAGAUGUGGCCAAAUUCACCUCCAGUCCUGGCCUGAGUACGGAAGACUUAAAAAGAGAAGCCAGUAUCUGUCAUAUGCUGAAACAUCCACACAUUGUAGAACUUCUAGAAACAUACAGCUCGGAUGGAAUGCUCUAUAUGGUUUUUGAAUUUAUGGAUGGUGCAGACCUCUGUUUUGAAAUUGUGAAAAGAGCAGAUGCAGGUUUUGUUUACAGUGAAGCUGUGGCCAGUCACUACAUGCGACAGAUACUAGAAGCACUACGCUAUUGUCAUGACAAUAAUAUCAUUCACCGUGAUGUGAAGAACUGUUUUAUAAUACAAAAUGAACCUUUUGUGUUUUUAAUAAUUGUAUUUUGA